UACUGAUUCAAAUAUCAGAUUCAGUGAUUUGAUGAUGUGGCCACAAGGACAACAAAUACAAACAAGGAACGGUCUCAGUCAUCUCGCCUGUGCAACCACAAACCCCACCCCAUCUUCCUUUCUUUUCUAUCCCCUCGAGCUCAUCGUCAACAACAGCGAGCACGAACAAAUUAUUCAUCAAUUGUUCCGAUCAAUAUCUUUCAACAACAUUCACGACUUACUUCGUCGUCGUCGACUCGCACGACAUGCGCGAAUCAAAUCAUGCUUUUCCCGCACAGAAUAGGGCUUGCGUUUGCAUCACCUCCCAAUGCUACGAUAGACGAGGUCUCGAUACAUCUUCGCCACUCCCGCUAUUCACUUCCCUACACCAUCUCACAUAUCUAACCUCUACUUCAGCUCGAAUACGCGAGAUAAUGACAAUGGACGGCGCGAUCGAGCGUCUUAUGCGCAUUCUUUAUGAUUACUGCUUGUGUCCUCCCCCACCAGACAACCCUGGUUACAUCUAUGGUCUUUCUCCUCCAAAUUCCCGUCCUGCAAAGCUCAUCCCAACAAUGAACCCCCCAAAUUACGACAAGCACGCCGCAUAUCGAUUCAGCUUGGCGCUGCAGAGUAUCGUUAACAUCGGUAUAAGAGGCAGCGAGCCAAUCCGGAGUCGCAUCGUCCAGGCUGGUGCACUCGAAGUAGUCGGUUGCAUCCUUGAGUCAUGGCUAGCCCAUAAAGGGUUUGCCAUCGGUCCCAGCCAAAGCGCAUCUGGCUUACCCCGUGAAUCGCGCGAGCAGCGUCUCGCCCGAAGAGCCGCACUUCAGGAACACAGACAGAGAGAAGAAGCUGCCCAGCUUCAUCGCGCACUCCAACGUCAAAUCGCUGCAGACAGGACGGAAUUAAUUGCAUCCCGUGUAGAUCCAAUCCAAGAUGAUGCUACUAUGACGGAUAUUGGCGAGCCUUCCUUUUCGGAUAUUUCAAUCCACACGGAAGGAACCCCCGCACCUGUCGUAGCUGCACGCGAGAGACCUUACUAUACCCGCCACUCCUCAUCUUCAUCUCAUGAUGCAGAUACUUCCGCUGAAACAUCUAUCAACCCUACGCCCCAAGGUGCAGAUACCCCUACUGUAACUGUCCUAGUCAAUGCUCGUGAGCGCAGCGGUACCAUCAUUGCUCACCGCGCUUGGGAUGAUCCUGUACCCGCACCUGCCACUCUACGUGCAAGACUUCAUCGUGCCCGCCCCACUACCGCAUCACCUGAUGAAUCCACCGACAACUCAAGACCGGAGACAGAAACUGAGGAUGAUGGUGAUGCAGACGUUGAUAUGUCGCAGGACACAGACGAUGGCGCAACUCCCUCUGCACCCCGUGUACGCCAGCCAUCACGAUCGAUGACGCUUACUCAGCGUCCACGUCGUGCUGUGGGUAUAAUCUCAGAUGCUGUCCCGGGACCUGCACCUCUCCAAGUGGAUACAGAUGCGCAUAUUAUCAUUCACCAUGGGCAGGGUGCUGUGGUUGGAGAUGGGAUGGCGGUGGGUGUGGAGGAUGGGAUUGUGUCGCUGGAGCCGAAUGAUGAUUUUGCUAUGGGUGCGCCGCCUGGUGCACCUGGAGCUUUGGACGAGACGAUUCCUGCAAGAGGUCUUCGUGGGGUUGAUGUCCCUUUGGCUGAAAGGAGAGUUCGCACUGCCCCUGACGCGACGCCCCGUGCCACAGCUGUCCCACUGCCUAUAGCUCCGGUUAUGCCGAAUGCUACGCAUAGCGAGGAACCUGCACGUGAUGGUGCAGCUGCCAAUCGUGGCGAGCAUCCUACGCCGACUGCCACGAUGAACACUGUGCGCACCUCGAGCCAUCACCACCACCAUCGCGAUCCCGAUCAAGGUCCCUUCAGGGAUGAAGAUGUGCUCUUUAGUCUCCAGCUUCUCGCGUAUCUCAGCAAGUACCCGCACGUGCGACAGGCAUUUUAUAAGCAGCGCCCAUCAUUCCACCCAGCGGCUGCUACCCUCCCACCUCGUCCUCAACAGCAGCAGGCUGUUGCUGGACCCAGCGGUACGCGGAAUGCCACAGCUAUCCCUGCCCCCCCACCAACCCCACCAGCAAAAGAACAAUACGGGUUCUUCCGUGCACUAGCAUCUGCUACCGCGCGAGGCAAGGAGAAGGAGAAAGCGCUGCUUACAACCCCGGUGCAGCCCCAACGCAUGACGAAUGUGUUUUCUCUCGUAGAGCGGUUUACCUUCCGCCCUAGUUCGACUGAGAGCGAGCUGCCUAACCCACCACCAAAACUUCCUCCAGAAAUUGCGUAUUGGGCGGGUGUGAUUAUGCGGAAUGCGUGUAGGAAGGAUGAUAGUCGGGGUGGGAUACGGCAGUGUGCGAAUAUGCUGUGCGGGCGCUGGGAGACCUAUCCACGGGAGUUUGCAAAAUGCAGGCGAUGCAGGAAAGCGAAAUAUUGUGGCAAGGAGUGUCAGAGCACCGCUUGGAGCGAAGGACACAGGUUUUGGUGUAGUGUGAAGGAAGGAGAAGAAGCUGAGGAACCUUCUGACCAUCAACAUCAACACGGUUCAGAACAUGCGCUGGAGGGUGAUGUUGAGACGCCCGCAUCUGUUGCUGCUGCACGCGCGGAGAGGAGAGCGGAGAGGGAGAGGCAGUUGAGAGAACGGGAACGCUUGGGAGGAACGAUGACGAUUGCUGCUAAUCAUAUCGUCAUGCAACACCUUCUUAACCCGCCUGCGAACCCUCCACCUGUUGCUGCUCAAUUGACAGUUCGGCCUAGGGGUGCGGUGCUUCCUCCUACUCUUACCCCAACUCCGGCCAAUGCCAAUCAGGGUGGAGCUGCACAGAGACGAGGGAGUCCUGGGUUUGGGAGACGAAGGGCUGAGACUGUUUCUGGGGUGAUGGAUCGGGAGAGGGUGAUUGUGCAGAAUGCGUGGCAGCCACCGAGGAGACGGGGUGGUGGGGGUGAAGAUGGGGGGAGGGGCCAGGAGAUCUGGGAUUUGACGCCUCCUGGGGGGGAUGAUAUGGUUCUUGGGUAGGGAAGCGAGCGGACGCAUCACAUCACUCCCUUACGUGCGCCUCACUCUCAAUACGCGCGCAUGGCAUUACUCCCUAUAUAUUACGUGCGCCUGCCUUGUUCCUUCCAUCCGUGCAUACAUAUAUACAUACACAUACCUGCAUCACGAGCACUACCGUAUGACUCAGUUGUCACGACCAAUGUUAACUUAGGGUACUACUUCAUCUGGAUCUCUGGUUUGUGGUUGGUAUUGUAUUUCUUUUGCUCGCAUUGCAUCACGUAGAGUCAUUCAUCUGCUUGUGUACGUCUGGGUCCUCCUUGGCAGAGACUUACAGACUCCUUCAAGUUAAAGUUUGGAGCUUGACGGAAAGCUCCCCUCUAA